CUGGAAUCCUAUUUAACUGCUGCGCCAUGCGUCACCAAGUCAGGAAGUCUUGCAAAAGCAAGGCAUGGUUGGGUGGCAAAGGCUUGGACCUUAAGGGGGCUAAGGCUUUGCGGAACCAAUCUGCACAAGCGGAGAGGCAUGCGCUUGAGUUGGCCUUGCUUCGAAAAGAGUUGGAGAUUUGCCGCAGUGAGGCAGCUGCCCAGAUCCAGGCACUCCGUGAAGAGCUCCGGAGUAUGGGACUGGUGAAAUUGGAGGAGCCAGAAGAAGCCAUUGAGAUGGCAGCAGAGGUUCGGGGGAAUGAACACCAACCGUGGCAUUUCAAGCCGUCGGUUGGAACAUGGAUCCAACGACCAAUUCAGCUUCAGAUCCAGGAGCCAGCUCUAGCCAGAGAGAUGGCAGCUGAGGAGGAACGGUGGCAUGAUGAUGGGUGGAUCCCAUACAGCACGAUGUUGCGAGAAACGGUGGUAACAGAAGAGGAGAAGCAGUGGCGGGCUUUACAGUCCUUUGAAGUCCGCCAGUUCCCGGAGUAUCCGAGGAAUAACCUCACAGGCGAGAGGGUCGAGGCGCAGCAGACGGUGCAGAUUACGCACAAAAUAAAACAGUACGAGAGCGAUUUCCUCAAGCUGGCGAGCGGAGGGUAUGUCUUCACGAAGAGCCGCUCCGGGAUCCGUCUCUUCGAGAGAGUUGAAGAGUCAGCGGAGUCAACGGCACGAUACCACAAUUGGCACAACCAAAGCGGCACUUGGAAGGGGCGUCAGUGGCAGUGGCAGGACAAAAAAGAAGAGAAGUGGAGCGAGCAUCGAUCCCGGGCAACAGGUUCGAACCGGGACUGGUGGCAGUGGCAGGACACAAAAGAAGAGAAGUGGAGCGAGCAUCGAUCCCGGGCAACAGGUUCGAACCGGGACUGGUGGCAGUGGCAGGACAAAAAAGAGGAGAAGUGGAGCGAGCAUCGAUCCCGGGCAACAGGUUCGAACCGGGACUGGUGGUCAUCAUGGAAUUCAUGGGCAGAACAGCGCGAAUCUUCGCCAAAAAACACAAAUUCGGCAUAUCCGGAUCCCAAUGAUCCGAAGUAUCGCAUUGAUUGGGAUGCUUUUCUCGAAGAGUCUCAGUAGCGCUGAGUGAGUACUUUCCUGCGCACAGAACGCUGUCACUGCGAAAUGCACAGAGCAGUCGAAAAAGUCGAUUUCUCGCGUGUUUUUCCUUUCUGUUUAAACCCUGAAUGUUUGAACCUGGAAUGCUGCCUUGGUUGGGUGUUUCGUAAUUUUGUGGCUCAAAAACCUUUCAAG